UCGUAUAUCAUUCCACCAUCUCGAAUCAUCAAACGAAGAGUACAAUUCCACCAAUUCCUGCAACCUUUUAAAAAUGGCUCUGGCAAAAUUAGCUUUCGUCUUCCUUACGGCGCUGAUAGCUGUUAACUUAAUCUUUGCCGAAGAAGAAGAAUUCUCUCAAUUCGAAGGGCAACGUUUUGCUCGUUCCGCAGAGGAAUCAGAAGACUCCCAAGGAAGAUUUCUCAACAGAUUUACUUCAUGUAACUAUACUGAAACGCCUGGAUCCACUUGCCGAGGGUGCUUCACGGCUGUCCGUUGUCUUCCAUCAAACGUCGGCAUAAUUCGCUCUUGCCGUGGUUUCUUACCUUAUUGCAAUAAUGGCAGGUGCUCUUUCAGUGCAGCCGCGAAUUGCUCGAGCUCCGGUUAAAGUUACAUUUAUAGGCAGUUUCCACAACCGUAUCACGAAUUAUGUAACGCGGCUUAGUGUUUCAUUGUUUAAAUAAAUGUUUAUUGCUACUAAAUUAUAUUUAUUUUUUAUCACUA